ACGUCCAAAACGCCAAUAAAAACCGAUUCAAAAAUCUCUCCAUCACAAAAUCUCUGCAACGUCAAUGGCUUGCAGCUCGAUCGCCAUGGACGGAAGAGCACUUCCGAUAUCUCUAUACUCUCCUCCGAAACGCCAGCGUCCGCCGGACACAUCGGGUUCCAGGAACUCCGGUUCGAAUUUGAACUUCAAACUUCACUUCAGAGUUAGGGUUCAGUUCCUCUCUGGUUCGAGUGUUCAUGUUCUUCUGAAUGGUUCACGUGGGAGAAAUCAGUUCUGGAAGGUCAGGUCGGAUGUAAAAUCGGAACCGUAUGAAAUUUCAAAAUCAGCGCCUGAAUCGUUUAAGUUCAAAGAGAAAUUGGGCGUUGACGUUGUAUCGAAGGAUGAUGAUGGAGAUGAAUUUGUUGUCAAUGCAGUUCCGUGGUGGGAAGAGUUCCCGAAACGUUGGACUAUUGUCAUUCUAUGUUUUUCUGCUUUUCUUCUAUGCAACAUGGAUAGAGUGAAUAUGAGCAUUGCUAUACUACCAAUGUCGUCAGAGUACCAUUGGAAUUCUACAACUGUUGGUUUGAUACAAUCAUCCUUUUUCUGGGGCUACCUUCUCACUCAGAUUGCAGGAGGCAUUUGGGCAGACACUGUAGGUGGGAAACGUGUAUUGGCUUUUGGUGUCAUCUGGUGGUCUGUAGCUACAAUUCUUACUCCAGUUGCUGCAAAGUUAGGAUUACCUUUCUUACUCAUAGUCCGUGCUUUCAUGGGCAUAGGCGAGGGUGUGGCUAUGCCAGCCAUGAACAAUCUUCUAUCAAAAUGGGUUCCUGUUGCAGAAAGAAGCAGAUCAUUGGCUCUUGUUUACAGUGGAAUGUACCUUGGAUCUGUCACAGGGCUUGCCUUUUCACCAUUUUUAAUACAUUCAUAUGGAUGGCCUUCUGUCUUUUUCUCUUUUGGUUCUCUAGGCACAGUGUGGACUGCAUUAUGGUUAAACAAGGCAUACAGUUCACCUCUUGAAGACCCUGAACUUCGCCCUGAAGAGAAGAAACUUAUCUUUCACAAUAGAGUUAUUGAGGAACCUGUUAAAACCAUUCCUUGGAGGGCAAUCUUGUCAAAACCACCUGUAUGGGCUUUAAUCACUUGUCAUUUUUGUCACAACUGGGGGACAUUUAUACUCCUCACAUGGAUGCCUACCUAUUAUAACCAGGUUCUAGGGUUUAAUCUAACAGAAUCAGGGCUAUUUUGUGUAUUGCCAUGGCUUACAAUGGCUUUCUCAGCCAAUCUUGGAGGCUGGAUAGCUGACACACUUGUCAGCAAAGGGAUGUCUGUUACCACAGUUCGAAAGGUAAUGCAAUCAAUUGGAUUUCUUGGGCCUGCAUUUUUCUUAUCUCAAUUAAGCCAUGUUAACUCUCCUGCUAUGGCUGUCUUAUGCAUGGCAUGUAGUCAGGGUUCUGAUGCAUUUUCACAGUCGGGUUUAUAUUCAAAUCAUCAAGAUAUUGCCCCUCGAUAUUCCGGGGUGUUGCUUGGUUUAUCGAAUACUGCUGGAGUUUUGGCUGGUGUCUUUGGCACUGCAGCAACCGGUUACAUCUUGCAACAUGGUUCUUGGGAUGAUGUGUUUGAGGUGGCAAUUGGGCUAUAUUUGGUUGGAACAGUGAUAUGGAAUCUUUUUUCAACCGGUGAAAAAAUAAUCGACUAAAAGUUGCAUAUAUAAAUUAUAAUUAUAUAUUGUCUGAUUUAUCACCCGUGAUGAUUGAUGAUGAUGCGAAUUAAAAUCCACAAAAAAUGGUGCAACGAUUUCUUGAGGCUCCAUAGAAACAUAUUAUGUUUCAAAGCUCCAAAUCAAAUACUAUGACUUUUUGGCACACAGAACUGGUUUUGUGAGAAAGAAUAACACGAAGAUUAUGACGACUUGUAAAAAAGCCAUUUCACUGGUGUAUAUAGGAAGAUUAGACACACGUUUUGAUAGAAUUUGUAUAUUUUGUUUUUAUACCAACAUAUGGGACAAACAAAUGCAUUUAUGAAAUGUAAUACCCUUUUUUAUGUAGUCCAA